UCCAAAUCGAUUUAUAUUGGUUUUAAUUUCAAAAAUGUUACAUUUCGUCAAUGAUAUAAGCGGCACAAUUGUUGUUUACCUGAGAUGACCUAAUUAGUCACGCAGGUAUUUCGAAGGCAGAACAAGACUACUUUGUGGCGUGCUUUUACCUGUCAACCCUAUACAGGUGUGAAGGUGGAAUCGCCUACCUGAGUCAUAAACAGAAAUCAAAAUGGCGAGCGAUCCGAAAUACAAGAUAAGUCCUGGUAUGCGACUGUAUUGGUGUGGACUUGUCUCAUCAAUAGCAGCUUUUUGUUCAGUGUUCCUGGGGUUCUGUAGCCCAUACUGGUACCAGUCUUGGAGAAGGGUUCACAGUCCUUUAGCCAAUGUUGGAUUGUGGCACAUUUGCUUGUCUGGCUAUGUCAAACCAAGAGAUCCACAGAUGCAAAGUUACGUUGGUUGUUGGUGGAUUCACUCUUCCUUCUUCGGUGAUGUUCAGGAAUUUAUUAUGCCACCAUGGUUUCGAGCUUGCCAGGCGCUGGUUAUCUUCACACUGAUCUGCAAUAUUUGUUCUCUGAUACUGUGUGUGAUAUAUGUAGUGGAGAAGUGGAGACGGAAGGUGUACGGAAACAGAUACGUCCUUGUUCACAUCAUCAAUGCUGUGUUACUGUUUGCAGCAGCAUUCCUCGUCUUCAUUGUAUCCUUGGUGUUUGCCGAGAUGGCAAGACAAGAGAACUAUUUUCCACGACCUUGGAUGAACUACCUCUCCUGGUCAUAUGGGUUCAACGUUCUGUCGGGAUUCUUCUCAGCAUUUGGUGGUAUAUGCCUGUUUAUCAUGGCCAUGAUUUUGAAAGAAAAACUUUUCGCAAGUGAAGGUGUUGCUAAAGAAUUUGGCACAAAUCAGGGAAGUGAAAGUGUUAUCACAGGGGUAGGAGGAGCGGUUUCAGAGAAAAGCAAAAGUGAAUCCUUUGUCUAGUGAACUUUUUUCAUGCAGAUACGCACAAUUUAUUUUACAUAACAUUUUGCUACAUUCCAUAUAUCAGGUACUACUUGAUAGUGUUGUCUGCAAACUUUUUAACAGUGGCUUUAAUUCUUAAAUAAGGUUUACCUAGAGUUGUAGAUUUUUCGAAUUAUCUAACAAGAAAUUAAAGCUGAAUUUUCAUGCUGUAGUAAACUUUGACAGACUUGAUAUUUAGUUAAAUUGAAGUUGAAGCUUCAUUCAGUUUGUUAAGAAUUUGUUUGCAGUAAAUUUUUUAAAUACACUAGGAGUAAGAGCGAAUACUGUCAUAAAUUUUAAUGAUUUCAAAAUGUUUUGAAAACUUAAGGUGAUAAGAGAAAAUCGGAAUUAACAAUCAUUAAGAAGUUACUGUAAAAAAGAAAUAAGUGCAAAUUAUUUGUAUGUAGAUCACAGUCAUAUUGGACUUAAAAUUUUAUGUAUAUAUAGAAUACUUAUGAUCAUGUAAAUUGUAUAUAGGUUCACACUUCACUGGCCCAUUUUUACCCUGCUCCAAGCUCGUUUCUUGUGCUUUAUUAUUCUGGUACACAAAGGUGUAGGUUAUUUUUUUUUUUUUAAGUGUUGCUUAUACUUGAAACUUUACAUCAGUAAUAACUUCUGUCCAUGUUCUCAGUCAUGGCCUUGUUCAGGAAAGUUCUGUCAUUGUAAAAAGCAAUAUGUAUAAGCAGUAGAUAUGGUUCAUAAGCUUUGGAAAAAACAUUUGAUAAGACAAUCUUUAGCUCAACUGAUUUUUGAAAAAAAUCUACGAGGUAUUGUCAUCGCUUGAUCAUUGGUGUCGGUGUUGGUAAAUUUUUUUGUUUCGGUCCACCUUUUCUCAAAAACUGUAGGAGCUACAGCUUUGAAACUCUGCACACUUGUUUAUCAUCAUUAGGAGACUAUGUAGGCCAAGAACCAUAACUCUGAUAGGCAUUUUGUCAAAAUUAUGGACCUUUUUUACUUAGAAAAUUUGAGUUUCUUGGUUAAAAUUUUUGUUCAGGUCCACUUUUUCUCAAAAACUACAAUAGCUACAGCUUUGAAACUUUGCACACUUGUUUAUCAUUAUUAGGUUACUAUGUAGGCCAAGAACAAUAACUCUUUUCAAGUCAAAUACAUCAUCAGAUACUAAUGUUAUGGACAGGUUUGCAUUUAGACAGACAAGGGAAAUUUCGUUAUUAUUUUUGAAUAGUCUAGAUUGGUAUAUUGUCAGACAGUUUUUGUAUGUACAUGUAUAUACAGUCAUUAAGGAUCAUACACAUACAUGUGUUUAUUGUCAUUUAACUUUAUAAAACAGCUGCAAUGUAUUAUUAUUCAUGGUUCAUUUUUUCUCAUCCAUAAUACUGAAGUAGUUCAUAAUUUCAUACUUCUCACAGACUUUGUUUUCACAGUUCUAGUAUAACCUAUACUUUUUCGCAGUUCUGCAGUAUAACCUAUAGUGUAUUAUUUUAAAUAGGUUAUUUUAAAAAGUAAACAAAGACUCUUCCAAAAUUCCAAAAUUACACAACUUGUUACAGAAUUAUUUAAAUAAAAUGAUUGUCUUGUAAGACUUCAAAUUCUGGGGAGUUUUCUAUUGAAAUAGGAUAAGCUGUCAUUAUUUGUGUUUAACAGGAGGGGAUUAAAAAAAAAAGAUUUUAGCAGUUUUUGCGCAAAUAUUGAGGUCAUUUUUUAAAAUGUUAACCAGAUCAGAUGCUAAAGAAACCUAAUGCAUUCCAGUUUAGAAGUGUUUGUAAUAUUUCUUGUACUUAAAGUAUUAUUUCAUGAAUUAAUAUAUCUCAACAAUAUUUGUAUGUCAUCUCUUUAAUCAACAAGUACUCACUGGUAUAUCAAAUAUUUUCAUGUGACCAACAUCAGACUCCAGUGAAAUUAAGAGAUAAAUCAUGGAUGUUAUGGAUUAAUUUUUCCAUAAAAGGAAUUAAAUAAGAAUUUUUAGUUUAGACAAAAGUAAAUACAUGUAUGCUUAAAUAUCAGCAAAAAUAAUUCCUUGCAAAUACGGUAUGUAUUAUUCUGCAGUAUUUCAUAGUUUUAUAUUGGAAUGCAGAUUUCAUUUUAUGAUUUAUGUGAUCUUACAGCAUUAACAGCAACUUCUUUUAUAGCUUCUGCUUCUGAAAAAGAAACAGGAUAUUAGGGCUGAAAAAUAGUGUUUGUUUCAAGUAACAUGCUCCCGCCCCCUCUGAAAAAAUUAAAAAAUAGGGUAGGUAGGUUGGAAAAAGUUUUUUUCAGAUUUUUUUUUACAAUGAAGAAACAGCUACACAAAGCGAAAAGUAUAAAAAAAAUAGCGAAAAAUAUUGAACAAAUUUCCAGCGCCAUAAAAACAUUUAGGGAUUCAGCAAAUUUUUAGGGUAGGUCGAGAUACCGGACACAAUUUUUUUUAGACCUUACUGGAUUUGUACAUACAACUGUGUCACACAACUCAUCUGCAUAUACUUUUCAUAUUGUUCAUGUUUUAUACCUGUAUAUAUUACUGUAAGUGAAAAUCAUUAUAUAUUUUUGUAUAAAGUGAUCAUAUAUAUAUAAUAAAUCAUUUUCUACCA